AUGGGCAGUAAGAUGAUGGGCCCAAACUAUGCAUGUAUUUUUGUUGGAUACGUUGAGGAGCGAAUAGCAAGCCAGCACCACGGCUUUGUACCUCAACUACACAAGAGGUACAUCGAUGACGUCAUCGGAGUCGCAUGUUGUAGUCGCGUGGACCUGGAAAACUAUAUUCGCUUCGUAUCCAACUUUCAUCCUGCUCUUCAAUUUACGCACACAAUCUCUGACACUGAACUCUCUUUCCUCGAUAUCACGUAACGCAUUACUGAUGAUCACAUCAGCACUACCAUUUACUACAAGGACACUGACACCCACACCUAUCUUCAUCAUCAGUCCUCACAUCCCAGCCAU